CGCAAAGGAAGUGGCUGCCUGCGCCUCCUGACCCGGAAUCGGAUCCGGGCCCCGCCCCCCGCGCGCCGCGCUGCCUUCUGCAACAGGCGUGGGUCACGCUCUCGCUCGCUCUCUUUCUGCCGCCAUCUUGGUUCCGCGUUCCCCGCACAAAAUGCCCGGCGAAGCCACAGAAACCGUCCCUGCCACAGAGCAGGAGUUGCCCCAGCCCCAGGCCGAGACAGCUAUGCGUGUCACUGCUGCCUUAGGGCAGCCUGGACCUGCCCUUCCCCCUCCUGGCUCCCUUGCCCCCCAACAGUGCCCUCUGGCAACUGCUAACCAGCCUUCCCCGUUCCCUCCUCCCUCUGCUAUUGCCUCAACCCCCUUUGAAGUUCCUUUUCCCCAGUCAUCUUCUGGAACAGCCCUGCCUUUGGGAACUGCCCCUGACACCCCGGUUUUCCUGCCAAACCUGAUAGGGCCUCCAAUCUCCCCCGCAGCCUUAGCUCUGGCCUCUCCCAUGAUAGCUCCAACUCUGAAAGGUGCCCACUCCCCUUCAGCUCCCUUGGCUCUGGUUGCCUUGGCUCCCCACUCAGUUCCAAAGAGUUCUACUUUUCCACCUCUUAGCUCACCACCUGCAGUUGCUGUAGCUGAGUCAGGCUCAGUGACAUCUAAAUCAGGCCCCACUGCUCCAGAAUCAAAGACUUCUCCUAUUCAAAUUCCCCCUCAAGGAGUCCCUAAUCCGAAAGGUAUUGCCAGUGCUCUUCCCUCCAACCUUGUAACCCCCUUGGCAUCUGUUCCAUCUGGAGUAGCCUCCUGUCCUCAGACACCACCCGCCACUCCCCUGACCAUUACUUCUCAGGUCACUUCCUCAGCUCUGACUUCUCCACAAAACCCUGUAAACCUCCCCCUGAAGGAGCCUGUUAGUCCACCUGCUGCCUUACCCUUUUCAACCCAGUCUAUUCCUGUGGUAACCUCUUCUCAAAAGACUGUGGCUCCCAGCAGCCCCUCAGUUUUCCCCACCAUGCUGGGUUCUCAUCUUGGACCUUUACAUCCGAGUUCUUCUGUUGGUUCUCCUGUACAACCAUUAGGUCAGAGAGAGCCUAAUGAUCCGUGCACACUGCGUACCACUUCUCUAGAGCCUUCUUCAGGAGCAUCUUACCUCUCUCACAGGUCUGCCGUUCCUCCCCUUCCUUCCAGAAAUGAGCCAGUGACUACUCUUCCCACAGGAGCUGCAGCUUCCCCUCUGGCUCCAUCAGUGAACAAAGGGCCCAUAAUCUACAGUCCUUCUGACUCCCCAGAUGUAACCACUUCUUCACUAUCUCCUACAUCCCCUUUUGUUCUUAAAGGCUCUCCUAAUGCCACUCAGCAGCAGCCUUUUGGAACACAGAUUCUUCCUUCUUCAGGAACAGGCAUUGGAGAAGCACCCAUUUCUUCUGUUGGAACCUCCCCAUUUGUGAUGACUACUAACCCCUCUACAAUUUCUGCAGCACCUACUACCUUUCAGCUCCAGAAAGUGCACCCGUCGUGACAGCUCCCACUCAGAAAGGUCCACCACCCAAGAAGAGUUCUGCUACUUCAGCUCCUGUGUGCUUGGAUCCUUCAGCUAAGACUGAUACUAAAGGACCUGUUUCAGCAUUGGCUACAGCCCCUCUACAGACAGUCCCCAUUCACAAA